AUGGCAACUAGUAGGCCUUCGCGACAUCACGGUUUUCGCUACGCGGCGGAUCAUGAUCGACUAAAGCGCGCUUUGCUACAGCCAGUUCAAUCUUGGGAUAAGAAAUGGCAGUAUCCCAACAACGGAGGAAAAAACUUUAAAAUAUUAAAAUGGACAAAAUCCGAUAGGAAACUAACAUUUAACGACGAUGAUGAUGAUGACGAGAGCGGAACCGUGAGGAUGACUCGACAAAAUAAUAAUUUUGAGGACACGCCGACACCAACGGCGUCAAUCAUUCAACCUCCAACCGAAGCCUCCACUCCUCAACCUUCAGAAACGGAAACCGAUUCAACUUUAUUAAGACCACACAUAACGUCAUUGCCAAAGUCAUCAUCGUUACUUCGUCAAGCCUCUCUUACUUCCGCGGUGUCAACUCCUGGAGAUAACUUGAAUACGAACAACAAUAAUACACCACUUGAGGUUGAAUCGUCGGUCGCCAAUUCACCAGAAAUUGAGGAACUAGAGGAAGAAGAGGGAAUGGAGGAGGUGGAGGUGUCUAACGCGAAAGAGAAGCAUGAAGAUUUAGGAUAUGGCAAGCACAAGGAUAACGAUGACCUAUUCAAUCGACAGAGAAGUGGUUUCAAUGAGACUAAAGAAUACAUCAACAAGUCAUCAAGUGGUUACGAGGACCAGGCUAACGAAGAUCAUGACGAAGAGUAUGAAGACGAACAAAAUGAAGAUUAUGACGAUAAUCGAAUAGACGAAGAUUACGAUGAAAAUAUUGAAGAUUAUGAUGGCGGUCAGAGCGAUGACGAAGGUGAUCAAAAUGAAGAAUAUGGCAAUCCAGUUCAAGAUUACGCUGAGCAACUUAGCGAAUAUGAAGAAGAUCCAAGUAGCGAUUAUGGUCGGACCAGCGAUUAUGGUGGACAAUCUAACUCGUACAUCGGUAGAGCCAGCGAUUACGAUGACGCACAAGAGCAAAAUGACACGUAUGGUGAGGCGCUGAGCGAAUAUGAAGAGCAUAGUAGCGAUUACGGUGAACAGCAAAGUGACAAUGAUGAACAAACGAAUGAUUUUGUUGGGCAAUCUGAGGAGCCCACAGAUCAAUCUCAUAUCACUUAUCACGACCAAGUGACAGCUUUCGUUGAUCAAAACCUUACAGAAGCAAAGGAAGUUGAAGAUGGAGAAUACGAGAAUUUGGGUCAAUUACAUUGA